AUGGGUCGCAAUAUCAAGUGGGACGCCACAGCGGACCAGAUCCUCCUCGCGAAGAUCCUGGAGGUCCAUGGUCUGUCGAUCGACUUUAACAAGGUCGCCGAGGCCUGGUCCUCGGACCUUGAAUUCAGACCAACGGCACGUGCAAUCAGAGAGCGUAUUUUCAAGAUACGCGGAAAGGCCAAGGCGGCCACCACGGGCCUUCCGGGCUCUCAAAGCCCUAUCGCGACUCGAAAUCCAGCCACUCCUCGCAAGCCAGCCGGUGCCCAAAAGGCAGCUACAACCAGUGGCGAGACGACUCCGAUUCCCCCCCGCAAGCGCAAGCGUGCUAUCAAGGCUGAGGAUAGCCCAACUAAGGAAAGCGAGGACGAGGGUGUCGAAACCAAGGGACUUUUUGCCGCCUGGAUCAAGGAUGAGCCAACUUCCGGACAGGAGGAUGGUGCCGACUCCUGCCGCGAGGACUAA